AUGAAGUUAAUCCUCGCAUUACUGUGGCAAUUGAUUGUCCGUUACCAAAUCGGACUGCUCAGGAUGCGACAGAAGGAAUGGAUUAUCGCCUGGCUAAGAGCAGUCAUUCCAGAGUUGAAUAUUUCUAACCUAACGACAGAUUGGAAUAACGGAUUGGCUCUGUUUGCCUUAAUCGACUUUUGUGAACCUGGCAGUUGUACGCAUUGGAGAACAUUAAACCCUCAUAACAAACUGGCGAACUGCAAACAGGGGAUGUUACUGGCGCACAGUUUGUUCAAAAUACCCAUGGUACUCCACCCAGAGGAUUUGGCCAGCCCCGAUCUUGAUGAGCUGUCUUGUAUCACAUUGUAUUUAUCUGUCCUUUCUCUCCCUUUAUCAUUCGCGCAUUAUUUAUCUCUUUAUUUCUCAUCCUUUCUUUCUUUUUCUUUAUAUCUCACACUUUCUUUCUUUCUCUCUCUCUUUCUCAGACACCCUUUUUUUCGUUCUCUUUAUAUAUCGUACUUUCGCUCUCUCUCUAUCUUUCACUCUUCAUUUCAUUCACUUUUCUCUCAUCGUUUACUUCCUUCUCAUUGUCUCUCACUCACCAGCGCUUUUCUCUCUGUAUCCCUCACACGUUGUUUCACUCUUUUUACCCCCUCUCUUCUUUAA